AUGAGGAGGAAGAAGAAGAGUAAUCAAAAGCGAGUGCCAAGCAGUGAGAUAAUAGAUUCCAUGUUUGUUUAUCCAUCUUCGUCUACCUCUGGAGGUGAUGUUGCAGCGGAUGAAUUUGAGGAAUCCCAAAGAUCGGUGAAGGAGAGCAUGAUAAUGGAGAGUACUGGACCUAAGGGAGCCAAGAAGAAGAUAAGAGUCGAGGAGAUCUUAGCAAGGUCUACUCCGAUCUCAGAUCCUCAGGUGAAUUCUGGAUUUCAAGCUUCUCGUCAAUUAUCAAAUCUCUGGUCAGAUAAAGUUGAAAUAGAUUUUGAAUCUGGAUCUAAUUCAAAUCUGGAUGAUGUUAAUCUAGAAGAUCUAAAUAAGAUGGAUUUAAAGGAUUCUGAUUCUAAUAGUAACACAAAAUUUGUGGAUCUCAUCAAAGUUAGUGCUGAGUGUGAUAAUGAUAAAGCAGAGCGUGAAUCUGGAAUGUUUAAAAAAUCAAAUGAUGUUGCUAUGGAUGAUGACUGUAAAAUUCAUGAGAAUUCUGGAAAAAAUCAGCCAAAAACUUAUGCUAGUUUGUUCGCUGAUAAUAGAAAGAGUGGAGAGGGAUUAAAGUUGAAUUUUGUUCCAUUCAAUGAAGAAAAUACAGUUACUUUCUCUCCUGAAGAAUGGAAAGAAGGUGAAAAAUACUGGAGAUAUGCUCUUAUUGGCCAUGUUAUUGGUCUAAAUGUGAGUUAUAAAUCAAUGGAAGCCUAUAUAAAUAAAUUGUGGGGGAAAAUCUCAAUCCCUGAAAUUCUUUUAAUCAAACAAGGUGUGUUCCUUUUUGAUUUUCACACUGAGAAGCAAAUGUGUGAAGUUUUGGAGGCAGGACCUUGGUUUUUUGGCUCAAGGCCAUUAGUUCUUAAACCAUGGAAAAUUGAUACCGAUGUAGACAAGAUUCAGGAUUUCAGCUACCCUAUGUGGGUUCAAUUUCCAAACUUGCGCUUGAAUCUGUGGAGUUCUACAGGGAUUAGUAAAAUUGCUAGCAUAAUUGGAAAUCCUAUAACUACUGACAAACUUACAGCUACAAGAAAGAGGUUAUCUUAUGCUAGGGUGCUGCUAGAAGUUCAAUUGCCUCUGAAACAACCUUUGCCUGAUCAACUGGUUAUUCAUGGACCUGAUGGAAAGUGUUUCACCCAAAAAGUGAUUUAUGAACUCAAACCUAGAUGGUGUAAUUCUUGCAAUGUUAUAGGGCAUCUAUCCGAACAUUGUCGAAGGAAAGAACUCAAACCUAGAUGGUGUAAUUCUUGCAAUGUUAUAGGGCAUCUAUCCGAACAUUGUCGAAGGAAAACUGGAAGAAUGAGAUGGAUGCCUGUUAACAGGAAUUCUAAUGCUCAAAAAUCUGGAUCAAUUGAUAAAGGGACUGCUGAAACAAAUGGUACAAAUUCAAUCUCUGAAAAUAAUCCCAGUAGUGGAGAGAAUGGAUGUAAGCCUGAUGAUAAUCAUGUUGGAGUAUCUGGUGUUUUUUCUGGUGCACGUGCACAGGAUGAUUAUACUCUUUCUGGGGCACAUACACUGGUUAAUACUGUCAGAGUUGGGGGAUCAAAUGCUAGAAAUUCUGGUGCUUCUGGUGCACGUGCACAGGAUGAAUCUGGAUCUGAUGAUAUGCUAUAUUCUGAUACUCUUUCUGGUGCACAUACACUGGUUAAUACUGUCAGAGUUGGGGGAUCAAAUGCUGGAAAUUCUGGUGCUUCUGGUGCUGCACAUACACUGGUUAAUACUGUCAGAGUUGGGGGAUCAAAUGCUGGAAAUUCUGGUGCUUCUGGAUUCACUAGUAUUGCAAGGGAUAAAUCAGCAAGAAAAGUUAGCAGGAAAAUAAAUAAUCAAGGGAUUUUUCAGGCUUCUCAUUUUUCUCUCCUGGAGCAACAGUCUGUUGCUAGAAAAAUUGCAAAGGAUUGGGACUGGAUUUCAAAUGCUCACCAAGCUAGCAGAGCCAGGAUUUGGAUUAUUUGGAAUAGCAAUAUUCUUACUAUUCAGAAAAUUGCCUCUUCAGAUCAAAAAGCUCUUUGGCAAGACCUUCUCUCUUUCAAUCAAAGUAUAAAUGUUCCAUGGUUCAUUGGGGGAGACUUCAAUUCUAUCAUUAACAAUAGUGAGAAGAUUGGUGGUGCUGUUGUUUCUAACUUUGACACAGAUGAUUUUCAGAAUUUCAUUAAUUCUUGCCAGCUACUACAUCUCAAGUCCACUGGUUGUUUUUUCACCUGGUGUAAUAAACAAGAUGCAGGCACUAGAAUUUGGAGUAGGCUUGAUAGAAUACUAAUAAAUGAAGAAUGGAUUCACAACUUCACCUCAAGUCAAGUGGAAUAUUUAGCUCCAAAUUGCUCAGAUCAUUCUCCUGCCCUUAUUACUAUUGAAGAAGAAAAUUUUAUAGGUAAAAGGCCUUUCAAGUUCUUCAAAAUGUGGACAAGUCAUCCUGAGUUCAUUGGUGCUGUGAAGUCAAUUUGGGAGCAAAACACCAAUGGUUUUAAGAUGUAUCAGGUUUAUACUAAACUCAAAAAUCUUAAACCUGUGUUGAAGGAUCUGAACAAGAGACACUUUAUGAAUAUUAGUGAGCAAGUGUUGAGAGCAAAGGCUGAAUUAGAGGAUGUUCAACAGCAGAUAAGUUCUGAUCUUUUUAAUUCCUCCCUGAUUCAGAAAGAAAGAGAAUGUCUGAAAAAAUAUGACAGACUUCUUAACUGUGAAACCUCCUUCUAUAGUCAAAAGGCAAAUAUCAAAUGGAGCAUAAAUGGUGACAAAUGCACCCACUUUUUUCAUUCAGUCAUGAAAGUUAAAAGGCAUCAAAAUAGAGUUCUGUCUAUUUACUGA